GCUCUGUCGCCCAGGCUAGGGUGCAGUGGCAGGAUCUUGACUCACUGCAACCUCAGCCCCCCGGGUUCAAGGAAUUCUGCUGCCUCAGCCUCCCGAGAAGCUGGGGUUACAGGCGUGCGCCACCAUGCCCAGCUAAUUUUUUUUUCUUUUUUUUUUUGAGACGGAAUUUUACUCUUGUUGUCCAGGCUGGAUUGUAAUGACGCGAUCCACGCUCACUGAAGCCUCCACCUCCCAGGUUCAAGCAGUUCUCCUGCCUCAGCCUCCCGAGAAGCUGGUAUUACAGGCACGUGCCACUACGCCCAGCUAAUUUUGUAUUUUUAGUAGAGAUGAGGUUUCACCAUGAUAGUCAGGCUGGUCUCCAACACAUGACCUAAUGUGAUCCGCCCGCCUCGGCCAUCGAAAGUGCUGGGAUUACAGGCGUGAGCCACCGCGCCCAGCUGAUGGAUUUACUUAUAACGGUUUAUCAAAUUAGCUUUAGUGCUGAUAAUACAUUAUUACUAAAGUAAAAGUUGAUUUUCUCUUGAACAAAAAUUUUAUGUAUUAUUAAUAUACAUAAAAUAUGUUUGUUCACAUUUUGAAUACAUUGAAAAAGAGAGAGAGCAAAAAAGAUAUAGAAUUUUCCCAUGCUCUGGGGUGGGCCUGGCUCAGCUCAGGGAGGAAGCCCUGCCCGAUAAGGCUGCAGCUUAGGCUGUCACUCUUUUCUUCAGCCUAGGGUGUGAUCACAUCUUCUAUCACUCAGGGUCUGAGUAGGCGGGGCCUUAAACGUUAUCCAACUAGGGACGUUGGGCUGGGAACUGUCCAAUCAGACACACAGCUGGACUGGACAAAGCGGCUUCCGGGAUAUGGCGGGGCCUUUGUCUCUCGCUGUCGCCGGAGUCCCAGGUCUGUCUUCACUGCUCUGUGUCCUCUGCUCUUAGAGGCCCAGCCUCUGUGGCGCUGUUACCAGCAGGUAUUGGAGAUCCACAGCUAAGAUGCCAGGACCCCCUAGAAGCCUAGAAAUGGGACUGUUGACAUUUAGGGAUGUGGCCAUAGAAUUCUCUCUGGAGGAGUGGCAACACCUGGACAUUGCACAGCAGAAUUUAUAUAGAAAUGUGAUGUUAGAGAACUACAGAAACCUGGCCUUCCUGGGUAUUGCUGUCUCUAAGCCAGACCUGAUCACCUGUCUGGAGCAAGGGAAAGAGCCCUGGAAUAUGAAGCGACAUGAGAUGGUGGAUGAACCCCCAGGUAUGUGUCCUCAUUUUGCUCAAGACCUUUGGCCAGAGCAGGGCAUGGAAGAUUCCUUUCAAAAAGCAAUACUGAGAAGAUAUGGAAAAUAUGGACAUGAUAAUUUACAGUUAAGGAAAGGCUGUAAAAGUGUGGAUGAGUAUAAGGUGAACGAAGAAGGUUAUAAUGGACUUAACCAGUGUUUCACAACUGCCCAGAGCAAAGUAUUUCAAUGUGAUAAAUAUUUGAAAGUCUUCUAUAAAUUUUUAAAUUCAAACAGACAUAAGAUAAGACAUACUGAAAAGAAAUCUUUCAAAUGUAAAAAAUGUGUCAAAUUAUUUUGCAUGCUUUCACAUAAAACCCAACACAAAAGCAUUUAUCAUAGAGAGAAGUCCUACAAAUGUAAAGAAUGUGGAAAAACCUUUAAUUGGUCCUCAACCCUUACUAAUCAUAGGAAAAUUUAUACUGAAGAGAAACCUUACAAAUGUGAAGAAUAUAACAAAUCUCCUAAGCAACUCUCAACCCUUACCACACAUGAAAUAAUUCAUGCUGGAGAGAAACUCUACAAAUGUGAAGAAUGUGGUGAAGCUUUUAAUCGAUCCUCAAAUCUUACUACACAAAAGAUAAUUCAUACUGGAGAGAAACCUUACAAGUGUGAAGAAUGUGGCAAAGCAUUUAUCUGGUCCUCAGCCCUUACUGAGCAUAAGAAAAUUCAUACUAGAAAGAAACCCUACAAGUGUGAAGAAUGUGGCAAAGCAUUUAUAUGGUCCUCAACACUAACUAGACAUAAGAGGAUGCACACUGGAGAGAAACCCUACAAAUGUGAAGAAUGUGGCAAAGCUUUUAGCCAGUCCUCAACCCUUACUACACAUAAGAUAAUUCAUACUGGAGAGAAACGCUACAAAUGCUUAGAAUGUGGCAAAGCUUUUAAGCAACUCUCAACUCUUACUACACAUAAAAUAAUUCAUGUUGGAGAGAAACUCUACCAAUGUGAAGAAUGCGGCAAAGGUUUUAAUCGAUCUUCAAAUCUUACUACACAUAAGAUAAUUCAUACUGGAGAGAAACCUUACAAGUGCGAAGAAUGUGGCAAAGCAUUUAUCUGGUCCUCAACCCUUACUAAACAUAAGAGAAUUCAUACUAGAGAGAAACCCUACAAAUGUGAAGAAUGUGGCAAGGCAUUUAUAUGGUCCUCAACCCUAACUAGACAUAAGAGGAUGCACACAGGAGAGAAACCCUACAAAUGUGAAGAAUGUGGCAAAGCUUUUAGCCAAUCCUCAACCCUUACUACACAUAAGAUAAUUCAUACUGGAGAGAAACCCUACAAAUGUGAAGAAUGUGGCAAAGCCUUUAACUGGUCCUCAACUCUUACUAAACAUAAGAUAAUUCAUACUGAAGAGAAACCCUACAAAUGUGAAAAAUGUGGCAAAGCCUUUAAGCAGUCUUCAAUCCUUACUAACCAUAAGAGAAUUCAUACUGGAGAGAAACCCUAUAAAUGUGAAGAAUGUGGCAAAUCUUUUAACCGGUCUUCAACUUUUACUAAACAUAAGGUAAUUCAUACUGGAGUAAAACCCUACAAAUGUGAAGAAUGUGGCAAAGCAUUUUUCUGGUCCUCAACCCUAACUAAACAUAAGAGAAUUCAUACUGGAGAGCAACCCUACAAAUGGGAAAAAUUUGGCAAAGCCUUUAAUCGGUCCUCGCACCUCACCACAGAUAAGAUAACUCAUUGGAGAGAAAUCUUACAAGUAUGAAUAAUGUGCCAAAGCCUAAGAAAACCGUCAAUUCUUAAUAGAUAUAAGAUUAUUCCUACUGGAGAGAAACUACAAACCUGAGAGAGGUGCUAAUGCUUUUGACAGUUCCUAAAACUUUAAAGAAAAUCAUUCUGCUGAAAAAUCCUAGAAAUGUGAAGAAUGUGAAAAAGCCUUUAAAUGAUUGUCACACUUGAUUGUAGGUAAGAUAAUUCAUACUGGAGAAAACUACCAGUAUGAACAAUGUGGCCAAGCUUCGACAAUGCUCACACCCUAUUGCACAGGAAAGCAUUUAUACUUGAGAAGAAAUGUACAAAUAUAGGCAAAGUAAAAAAGCCAUUAAUACCUGCUCACAUCUUACUCAAAAUUGUAGAGUUCAUAGUAAAUACAAGCAUUAAAAUUCUAAUUACUCUCAGAAGAUCUGUCAGAAAGUAUGUCUUUAAAGUAUAGAAGAGCAUUUAUUUUGAAAAAAACAUUACACAUAUGAAGAGGAUUGUAAUAUCUUUACUUGUACCACAGAUCUUAUUGUACAUAUUUUAUACUAGAGAAAAACCCUCAGGCAGUUGUUAAAAUUUUGUUGAACAUCAGGGAGUUUAAGAAAACCCUGCAAGUAUAAUGAAUUUGGAAAAACAUUUUUUCAAAAACUACAAAUUAUAAAACACCGAAGUGUUCAUACUAAAAUAUAUUUUUGCAGAUACAUUAAAUAUGAAAGAUAUUCAAUCCAAAAUUAAGUGUAUGUAAAUAUCAGGGAAUAAUUCACAGUAGAAAUAUCUAGGGCACUCAAGCUUUAGACAUUACACUAAAUCAGAGUGCUGAGUAUAGAAAAUAAUACAAACUAAAAUUUGUCUAAACAUUUGUAUAUAACUUUAAAAAGUAGAAUAUUUUUUGGAGGGUUAUAAUUACAUUCAAAGUACUUUUUUUGAAAAUACAGAUUUUUUAAACAGUGAAUAACGUGUUCAACUCUUAAAUUCAUGCUGUUUCAUCAUUGCUGGUGUAUUCAUAUGUGAAAGCAUGUGACUAAUUGUUGCUGCAUAAAAGAUAUGAGAUUCUUUUUUAUUAGGCAUUAUUUAUGAUCUUUUCUAUGAAAAGAUAAGGACAUUAAAAUGUAAGAUGCAUGAGGAAAAUUUAGGUAGAGAGGCUGUUUGUGGUUAACUUAUAAUAUUGAGUGAUGCAUGAGGUAGGUGUUCCGAAUAAUAUUCCUUUGCAUUAUUAUGAAUGAAAAGCAUUCUUAAUUUUAGUUAAAAUUAAGUUAGUCAUAUGUUAUUUUAUUAAUUGUACUUCUAUGGAAUAAUAUGCAGUCUAUUUUUAAAUUAUAAAUUAUGUGUGAACUUAGCUUUUCAAUUCAACAUUUUUAACAUAUUAAAUACUAUUGUGAAUUCAAUGAAGUGUUCUUAUGCCACUAACUUUAACCUAUUCCCUUACUCAAGGAUGUAGGUAAAAGAUGGUAACAAUACACUAUUUGGUAAGAUAAUGGACUGACAUCUCUAGCAAUCUUUUUUGCCAGUGGCUUUAAAUUGCCAAGAAGUUAAAGAAUACUGUUCCUAUAGGUUAAAUUUUUAUUCUUAUUUUCACAUUUAAAUUUAUUUUUCUUAAUUUUUGUGGAUAUGUAAUAUGUGUAUAUAUGUAUGCCAUAUAUGGUAUAUUUUGAUGCAGGCAUACUCUAUAUAAUAGUCACAUUAGAGGAAAUGAGAUAUCCAUUACCUCUAGCAUUUAUUCUUUUUAUUACAAGCAAUUCAAUUGUACACUUUUAGUUAUUUUUAAAUUUACAAUGUUAUUGAUUACAGGGUCAUUUUUAUGGUCAUAAUAAAAAAUUUUAUACAAACAUGUAAAAUUCAUACAUUUCUGAGUUCUGAAUAAAUAUUUUUAAAAAUUUUA